UUCCUUGUUUAAUCUAUAAAACGCGCUAAAAGAUAGUUCCUACGUCUGAUUUAUUCUCUUUUUUGUUUAAUCUAUUAAUUAAAAAUCUUAACAAAGUCCCAUUAAAUAAUAAUGAGAAAGAAGAAUUAAAAAAAACAUCAUUGAUAUUACGUAAUAUUUAAAAAUAAAAAUUUAAAUCGUUUAAUUUUCGUCAAAUAAAUAUCUGGUUAUACAAAUAAUAUUUCUUGAGAAUUCAUUUAAAGAUAGAAGUUAAAAAAUUCAAAUAUAUAUAAUUAUAAAUAUAAUAAUCAUAUUAAAUUGAUCGAUUUACAAUGUUAUGAAGUUCUCUUUUAAAUUCUCUUUAUACGAUUGAAAGUUAAUUGAUUCAAUACAUAAAAAAGAUUAACUCUCUCAGCUUUUAGCACCGCAAUAUUCCGAUAUGUUAUCAGGGAACAUAUAAACGAGCCCCUGGUCGGGAGAAUUCGGCUAUUCCCGCGAGUGGUUCAUCGGACACAGGCACAGCGUUUCCUCACAUCCAUUCACUCACACUCGAUCGGUCGUACAGCUAACAUCUGACACAGUACAGGAACAAACACAAGGUUGGCAAGGAAGAGAAGUACGCGAUCGACGUACAUACAAGUACAAGUUUAAUGUAUGACUCGCGCGCGUGUGCAGUACGGUGUAUUGUAUAAAGGAAUUAGUUGUGCGUAUGCGUAACCGGCUGUAUGGACGAACUUGAAGUCGAAAGAGAAAAAGGUGUGCGAGAGUAGACAGAGCGGCGGCGGCGAGCGCGGGUAAACGGGUCAGCAUUGGUAAGCACGAUUAGCCAAAAACGCGCAGUCGCGCGUUGAUCCUGUUGGGUGGGAGGCGAUCAGCUGUAAGCACGCGAGGAGCGAGAUGUUCGUCCUGCAGAGGUCUAUAUUGUCGCCCAGCAGCAGAAAUUGUACUGGAUCAUGGGCACGUAUGCUUCCUCCUACACAUCCUGCUGUAAAGGAUAUUCAACAGAAAGAGAUUCACGAAGUAUCUGGCGAUGUCAUACCUAUCAAUAUGGUGAAAGGUAUCGGUCAUUUAAGGGAUCCACGACUCAAUAAGGGUUUGGCAUUUACUUUGAAAGAAAGAAUAUCUUUGGGUAUACAUGGUUUACAGCCUCCAAGAUUCAAAACUCAGGAAGAACAAUUGGCUCUGUGCAAAGCUUCAGUUAUGAAGUACACAGAGGAUUUAAACCGUUAUCUUUAUCUCGUAGAACUGCAGGAAAGAAACGAGAGAUUAUUUUUCCGUCUAUUGAGCGAGAACAUCGAACAAAUGAUGCCAAUUGUUUAUACUCCUACCGUUGGAUUAGCCUGUCAAAAGUUUGGUGUUAUCUAUCGCAGGCCUCGUGGAUUAUUUAUUACGAUAUACGAUAAAGGUCAUAUUUAUGAAAUCUUAAACAACUGGCCCGAGCAAGCAGUUCGAGCGAUUUGCGUAACAGACGGAGAAAGAAUUCUCGGUCUCGGUGAUCUUGGAGCUUGUGGAAUGGGAAUUCCAGUAGGGAAAUUAGCUCUUUAUACCGCUCUGGCCGGUAUAAAACCGCAUCAAUGCCUUCCAAUUACGAUCGAUGUUGGCACAAACAAUGAACAAUUGAGAAAUGAUCCUCAUUACAUUGGGCUUAACAAGCCCAGGAGUCAUGGUGCGGAAUACGAUGAAUUGAUCGAUGAAUUUAUGGCCGCUUGCGUGAAAAAAUAUGGUCAAAAUGUUCUCAUUCAAUUUGAAGAUUUUGGAAAUCACAACGCUUUCCGUUUCUUGGAUAAAUAUCGUAAUAAAUAUUGUACGUUUAACGAUGAUAUACAAGGUACUGCUGCAGUUGCGGUUGCUGGAAUUCUAGCAUCGAAAAGAAUAACUAAGAAAAAAAUAUCCGAAAACAAGUUCGUAUUUUUAGGCGCCGGCGAGGCAGCUAUUGGGAUAGCUAAUCUUUGCGUGAAAGCGAUGGAAGUAGACGGUUGCACCACGCAGCAAGCUCGUGAUAAUAUUUGGAUGAUGGAUAUUGAUGGAUUGCUGGUCAAAGAUCGGCCGGAAGGUAACCUGGAAGGUCAUAAGAUCUGGUACGCGAAAAAAUAUAAAGUGAUGAAAUCGCUAUUCGAGGUCGUAAAAGAAAUAAAACCAUCGGUUUUGAUCGGUGCGUCAGCAGCAGCAGGAGCAUUCACUAGCGACGUCUUGAAAGAGAUGGCUAGAAACAAUGAAAGACCUUUAAUUUUUGCGUUGAGCAAUCCGACCAGCAAAGCAGAAUGCACGGCUCAACAAGCUUACGAUAAUACAAAUGGAAAAUGUAUAUUUUCAUCAGGUUCGCCAUUCGGUGAUGUACAUUAUGGAGGGAAAAUAUACAAGCCGGGUCAAGGAAACAACGCGUACAUUUUUCCCGGAAUCGCAUUGGGUGUCAUCGCGACUGGAUGUCAUCAUAUCACCGAAGAUCUAUUCCUUCUUUCAGCUCAGGCUGUUGCUGAUCACGUUAAAGACGAACAUCUCGAAGUUGGUAGUGUUUAUCCACCGUUAGGUACUAUUCGUGAAUGUUCGAUUGAUAUCGCCGUUCGAAUUGCCGAAUAUGCUUACGCUAAGACUGGGUUGGCAAGUGAAUAUCCGGAGCCCAAGGACAAACGACAAUUUAUUGUAAGUAAAAUGUAUGAUGCGAACUACGACAGUCCACUGCCAAACGUUUAUGAUUGGCCAGGAGAUUAUGCCAAACCUCGUGUUUUGCCAGAUAAAGACACUGUCGAAAUCCGCCACGAUUUAAAACAUCUGUAGCGGAUUUCAUCGAAUGGGAUAUUCAGAGGCUAUUACUAUUAUCGAUAAAAAUAUCGCUAUGUUCUGCAUUGAAACUAUAAUAAGGUCGUGGACAAAUACAGGCAACAGUGUGAUUAUAAAACAAUUUUAGCUGUAAGAACUGUUACUCUUUCAGUAACUAAUGCCAGUACUUUUACGAUAUAACUUGCACGAAGUGUUAAAAGCACGAAAAACAAUGACAUAGUGCUAUUAUUACAGCAUCGAAUGUCUCAGUAAGCUAACAUUGCAGUAUUUUAAUGUCCUCCUUCAUCCCAUAUACAGUAUUAGGAUUGCUAGUUUAUUGUUCAAAAUCGUGAUAGGUAUUAAGCACUGAAAGUAUUUAAAGAAAGUUUUAUGAUAUUGUUGUUCGCUUUUACGUCCUACGAUUAUGUUACAGAAACAAAAGAAAGAAAAAAAGUAAUGUUACUUCACCGAUUGAGAUAAUCCUGUUUAGUUCAUUUAUGAUUUUACAUUAUACAUAAUAUAAUACAGUAUACAUUAUAUACAUAAUUGUAUAAAACUAAGUAUUUGUAUAGUGAAAUUUUUUGAUCGUAAUAAAGUGAAAAAUUUCACGAAUACAAAAGUAUAUACAUAAAUUUAAAUGGAAAUUUUCUUCUUUUAUUUUUCUCGAUAUUACAAAAAAAAAAAAAUUUUUUUUUCUUUCAAAAAUAUUAAUCCAUCAGAUAAUAUUAUAUUUCUGACAUUGUAUCAUAUGUUUAAGAAUGCCUGAUUUUUCCUUUACGGAUGAUGUCCAAAAAUUCCCAUGAGCUUACUUCCUAACAAAUGAAAUCAUCCAUAUGAAUUGAAGAUACGUUUGGUCCAAAGAUGAAUGAAUACUUCAUGCACGCUUUAGAGUUAUUGAAUUUUUAGUUUGCUAUAUUUUAUAUAUCUAUAUACACUAUUAUCAAUGCAAAUAAAAAAUAUUAUUAAAUAUUAAUAAAUAUCUUUAUAAAGAAGAAACAAACUACAAUGAAGUUAUACAAAAUAAUUAUUUGUGACUUAUAAUACAACACAUUUAAUCGUUGCAAUUAAUAUUUCGAAACAAUAAACAAAUCGACUUAUUUUAUUUUUUAUGUUUGCUCAAAUAUAUUUGUCAGAUAAGCGAAUAAUAUUUAACAGAUAAAAUAUAAAGUUAAAACCAUUGAUUGAUAUUUCCGAAAUAAUCAAAAAUUAAUUUUGAUUAUUGAGUAUCAAUAUAUCAUGUGUAAAAAUUAUUUUAUGAACGAUGAUGCGAGAUCGUGAAAUAUUUCGUACUGAAAAAUGUACAUUCAAUUACACGUUUGUUCCUGAAAAUAUUUUCGCUGUUUAUAUUUUCCGGAUGAUCAUUGUAUAAAGCAAUUCUAUACGAAUCAAAUGAUAUGACCUAUUUUUCUCUACGUAUCAAAGAAAAUGUCGUGAAGACAUGUCUCGCUAUAUGUAUAAAUAUUAAUAUACAUAUUUCAGUCUAAAUUUAUAACUAUAUACUUUGACAAAUUUUACGUGCUAUACAAUUUCGAAAAAAAAAAAGCAUAUUUACGUAUAAAAUGUGUUUAUUAUGUGUCAUAUAACGUAUAAUUAAUUGUUAGAUAGUUAAUUCCGGUUAUUAAGUCGGAUAUUAUGCAUAAGAAUGUUUGCUGCUAUGAAUUUGAUUGUUUACUUUUAGAAUAUGGCUAAGUUUAGCCAAGCGACAAAAGCUCAAUGUUAAGUAAUAUAACAUUAGAACAGCGAUCAAAAAAGAUAUCUACGUUCCAAUUUGAUUUUAUACGAUACAUAUGUUGAAUGUGGUCGCUUGGUUAAUCAAAAAAUGUUAGUAAAGUAUUAUUAUGCCAUUACUAACCGUAUUCUUCUCCCAACAGAUUAUGACGUGUUGGCGACUCGAAAGACGAGACGACUGCUCUGACAUAUAUACAGUCAUUUUAAAUUAAAUCAAAUUUCAAACAGAAUGACUUGAAAUAUGGUUAUAGUCCUCUAAUCUUUUAAACUUUGAUUCUGAAUCAUCAGAAAAUCAAAUUUUUUAAUCGUACUUUUUUCGCGUAUUAUAUACUUUGUAUGUACUUAUUUAUUAUUAAUUUAAAACUGCAAUUAUAUUUUACGACUGUUCACUAAUUUCAAACCCAUCGUCUCAUGUAUUUAUUUUAUUUUUUUGUAUCUUUUAUCUCUAUUUGUAUUUAAAUUGAACAAUUAUGUUCGUAAAUCAAAAAGUAUUAUAAUAUUGUGAUACUUUUUUUUUUUUUAAUCAUUCAAGAAAUUAGUGAAUAGUUUAUUGCUUGUAGAAAUUACGUCAUAUAUAUAUAUAUUGAUAAUAUUAUCACGUAUAUUAAUUUUUUUAAAGUUAUACUAAUAACUUUCUUUUCAAAACAUAUAUAUAUUGAAUAAAUGUGUGGAAUUUAGCGAUAUAUUAUAUUUAAAAAAAAGCGAUUAUUAUAUAUAAUCAUCAAAAGUAUACAAAUUUCAUAACACGAAGAUAUCCCGUUAGGUAUACUAUGUAAGGCCACAUAAGUUGUCACCGUUUCUUCGAUUUUAUAUUGCCUUAAUAAGCAUUAUGAUUAGAAAAAACAGGACAACUUUGUAAAAUCCGUAUUUUUUGUACUGUAUUGUAAUUGUCACUGUUAAGUUAAGUAAAUAUGAAACUGAAAAUUUUGUCAAAAGGUUCCUAUAUGUUACGUGAAAUAGAAACUUUGAUGAUAACGUCGAUUUGAUUAUUACUGCCACAUCACAAAUAUAAUUACCUCAUUUAUAAAUUAUUCUCAAUUACACCAUGUGUAUGCAUAUAUUUGGAACAAGAAAAAUAAAUUUAAAUUAGCCGAGUAUAACUAUUCUCUAAUUAGAAUUUGUUAUUAAACGUGUAUAUUAUAUACUAAACUACAUGAAUAAAUGUUAAAACAUGAUCGUUAA